ACUUGAUUUGCUGUAUCUGAUAAAUACUGUUCUUUUGGUCAAAGGGAUUAUUCUCUCUCUCUCUCCCUCUCUCUCUCUCUCUCUGUCUGAACUCUGAAGUCGAUGGAAGAGAAAAAGGGGAUGUCUUUCUGAAAAUAAACUUGUAGGCGCUGAUCGGAAGGUUCUGAAGAGUUUAGUUGGGACUCGGGAGGAGUGUUGAGGCAGCCGAGAAUUCAGCUGCCAAUGCCAUUUGCUGCGGUUUUGGGCAUUUUUUCGGUGAUUUUUGAGAUACCGAAAAAGUUAGAGCUCGAUGUCUUGGGCAAGCCUGGAAGAUAUCUUCCUUUCCACAUCUCUUGCGAGCUAUCUUGACAAGAAACUUCUCGUUUUGCUGCGUGAUGGUCGAAAACUCUUGGGGAUACUUCGGUCAUUUGAUCAAUUUGCAAAUGCCGUUCUUGAAGGUGCAUGUGAGCGAGUGAUUGUUGGUGAUCUUUAUUGUGACAUUCCCUUGGGCCUCUAUGUAAUUCGUGGGGAGAAUGUUGUCUUAAUUGGCGAACUGGAUCUUGAAAGGGAGGAGCUUCCUCCACAUAUGACUCGUGUUUCAGCUGCAGACAUUAGGAGGGCACAGAAGGCAGAAAGGGACGCUACAGAUCUGAAAGGCUCCAUGAGAAAGAGAAUGGAAUUCCUUGAUUUAGAUUGAUUUUUUCAUGUCCAGAACACCCAACCCUACAAUUACUGGCUGCCCCACGAGUUUAUGCCAUAUCCGCAGAUAUUGAUGCGGUUGGUUAGUUUUGGGGCUGAUGGGAAUGAAUGUGUUUUGAUCCCCCUUUUUUGAUUUAUUAUUCCAUCCCCUGGAGUUAGUUUUGUGGAGUAACAUUUCUCCCCAAAAAAUAUUCCGAUUUAUUAGCUUAAGAUGAUUGGGGUGAGGAUGUUUGGAGUUGAUGUUAAAAACAACGAUGAUGCUUUUGCUUUUUUUUUUUUUUGUGGGGAUGGCAUUCUAGGGCGGUCAAUUAAAAAGGGUGGUGGAAGUGACUACCAUUUCUGAUUGAUACCAAAUUGGGUGAUCGAGGCCUUGAAAUUCAUUUUUAAUUAUUCUCAGAAACUUAAGUUCAUUACCCCACAUCCAGUUGGGAUUGUAUUUGCUUCUCCUUUAAUGGUUAAGGUAGGGAUUGGUGAUGGGGCUUAGCUUGGAAUCCCUUUGAAAUGGCGUUGAGGAAGCUUAUAUUUUCUGUAAUGCAUGAAAAUUCUGUUCUAAUAGGAUCUCUCUCUCUCUCUC